AUGAUUAGUGCCUUCAUUCAAGAAAAUCACACCACCUGGGACGCGCACAUAGCGGAAUUCGCUUUCGCUUACAACACUGCGAUACAUGAAGCGACGCGCGCUAGUCCAGCUUUCCUUAAUUACGGGCGGCACCCUGAACUUCCCGACUCCAAGAAAAAAAGGGAAGAUAGAGACCAAGUCCGUAACCUUGAAGCUGCGGCAGUGGAACACUGGCACGCAAGGAUGGAGAAAUUGGAUGAUUUCCGCGCCGUCGCUAGGGAAAACACUCGGAUUGCGCAAGAUCGUCAACAGAAGUAUUACAACCUAAAACGAAGAAAUGUAGAGUAUUGCGUUGGAGAUAAAGUCUGGGCUAAGAACCGCCUACUCUCUUCAGCAGCGAUGAAAAUAGCUGCUAAGCUGAGCCCGAAGUUUGCGGGACCUUUCGUCGUGACCGCUCGUCUAGGCCUGAACUCAUACCAAUUGAGCACCGAAAAAGGCCACGAUGUGGGUAAAGUUGCCGUUUGCGACUUACGACCUUGCCACGACGAGGAUCAAUGUCCGGACGCGGACCAAGAAGUAGAAGAGGAACCUAAGUCCGAAGAAGAGUUUGACCUCAACGAUCUGUUUUCUCCAGUACUCGUCGAGAGCGCGUCUAAACCGAAUAGGUCGGAAAACUGCGAGACGAACUCCGAACCGCGGAGAAAGCGUGGCCGACCGAAAGGUAAGAAGAGGCUCGCGUUGCGUGCGAAUGCGCCGUCACCGAGACGACUCCGUUCCAACCGAAAUUAA